AUGGCUCUGGAGCCUGAGGGCUCAGCCACACUCUGUGACUCCCUGAUGAAGAAUUUUGUCUUAGCCAUGGACCUGGUGGGCAGUCAGGAGGGGGGUUAUUAUUGUGAACGUUGGCACCAGAAGGCCCAAUAUUCGGGGUUUGUAGAAUGGGAGACACACAGUCAGGGCGGACCGAAGUGCUCCCCAAACUAUGCAUUAGGGAGCAGCAGCCCUUUGCACGCAGAACGGAAAAGCCACUGCCUGAAGUCUAAACCUGAACGUCAAAGGCUGGAGAGAGGAAGCGCUGGUGGCUCCCCAGAGCCCCCAGGGCGCAGCUCCCCUGCUCCACCAGGGAACCUUUGCCAUAGACCGAGAGUCCUCUUCCUUCCAGGAAGGGGCAAACCCAACCUAGCUGGGGGCCUAUGAGAGGGAGCAGCCCACCUCCUCCCUGGGGGAGUCUCUGACUUGGUGAAGUCUGGGAGGCCCUCUGGGCCCCAGGAUGGACUGUGCAGCACACGGGAGGAGGGCAGACCAGAGACAGGGCAGAAGGGAGCCAGGAAACACCCAAAGCUAGAAUUAUCAGGUUGGCUUCAGGCCCUGGUCCAUGAACUCGAUACCCCUUUCCUUUGCUGCUCAGACAGACUGAGCAGGGCAGUGAGUCCCUCUCAACAAUGUCCUCUGCAUUCCCUCAGCUGGCAUACACAGGACGGCCUAUGUGGCUGA